UUUGUUGUCGAUUUCUGGUUAGAUUUCUAAAUUUCUUCGCACUUUUACUACCAAAAACAGCCGUGCCGAAAGGCCUACUCUGCGCAAAAUGCCACCGAAGAAAGCACCUACUACUUCGAAGAAAACCGAGGCGAAGAAAAAGGAAAAAAUCAUCGAGGAUAAAACUUUCGGCUUGAAGAAUAAAAAAGGUGCCAAGCAGCAAAAGUUCAUUUCGCAAGUCGAGAAGCAAGUGAAGAGCGGUGGUCAACAUAACCUUGUUCAGAAUCCGAACGUCAAGAAGGAGGAAAAGGAGAAGAAACUAAAGGAGCAGAAGGAGUUGGCCAAGUUGUUCAAACCAGUGGCCACGCAGAAGCUCGAGGCUGGCGCCGAUCCCAAAUCGGUGCUGUGUGCGUUCUUCAAGCAAGGGUCCUGCACCAAGGGCGACAAAUGUAAGUUCUCGCACGACUUGGCUGUCGAACGCAAGUCAGAGAAACGAUCGAUUCACGUGGAUAUGCGAGAUGCGGAUACUAACGAUACCAUCGAGAAUUGGACUGAAGAAAAACUGGCCGAAGUAGUUGCCAAAAAGCAUGGCAAAGAAAAAACGAUGCCCACUACGACGAUUAUUUGCAAGUAUUUCCUGGAUGCCGUAGAACGCUCACUGUAUGGAUGGUUCUGGGAGUGCCCCAACGGUGAAAAAUGUAUCUAUAGACAUGCGCUCCCGCCGGGAUACGUGCUGAAGAAAGACAAGAAAAAAGCUGAAUCCCAGAAAGAAGAGAUAUCGCUGGUCGAUUUGAUCGAACGUGAGCGGGCAGCUCUUGGUCCUAGUCAAACGCGCGUUACGCUGGAAUCGUUCUUGGCGUGGAAGAAACGUAAACUGCAGGAGAAAAAGGACAAGCUGCAGAAGGAGGAAGAACGCAAGCUGAAGGACUUCAAGGCUGGAAGACAGAACGGUCUGUCCGGAAGGGAAAUGUUCAGCUUCAAUCCGGAUCUUGUCGACGACGGUGUGGAUGAGGGAGAAGCAGCUGUCGAAUCCUACGGGCGCAAUGAGGACGAUGACGAUACAACCGAAUACAAGGAACUGGACUUGAACAUGCUUUGCCUAUCCAUCAAAGAGGUCGAUGAUACGGGUACGCUUGCCGACGCCGAUCGCUGGGAAAAGAUGGCAGCAGAAGCAGCCAGUCGAACAGCCGCUGAUGUUGAAAGCGGCGAUGCGUCUGGAACCGCCAACGAUGCCGCACCUAUUAAUGAAAAUCUAUUCCUCGAAGAAGACCUCGAAGGUUUGGAUGAUGAUUUGAGCGACGAUGACGAUGAUGACGAUGACGAUGGCGAUGCUGAAGGAACCUCCAACGAAACGAGUGAAAAAUCGUGAUAAUCCUAUACGCGCAGUUAACGAAGGGCAGCCGAUUCCUCUUGUACUCGGAGCACAAGUCCACUUUGUCACUGUUAGCGUAUUGUUGCCGGUACCGUUGUUCUCUUAUCGUACGUUAGAUCAGCUUCUUCACCGAUAAAUUGCGCCCGAUACAGUGUCUGAAUGGAAUUUUAAUUAAAGUUGAAAGUGUAAUAAAAUAGCAGUUUACAUUUUCAUUCUUGAACA